CAGAGACUUGCUGAUACUUAGUCAUUCUCUUUCAGCUGCUACUGCUACUCCAGAACAGGGGAGAAAAUGCCUUGGGGCUACUUCCAGUCUCCUCUUUUACUGCUAUUAUCUUUUUAUCCCAUCCUAUUCUCUCAGACUAUUAAGGCCACAGACUCUGAAGCAGAUCAAACACAGAUUCCCACAGAUAAACUACUGAUAUUAACUGUAGCAACACAAGAAACAGAUGGAUUUCACAGAUUCAUGCAGUCCGCAAAGUAUUUCAACUACACAGUUAAGGUUCUUGGCAAAGGAAUGCAAUGGAAAGGUGGAGAUGUAGCAAAUUCUAUUGGUGGAGGUCAGAAGGUCCGUCUACUGAAAGAGGCAUUGGAAGGUUUUGCUGAUCAAAAGGAUCUUGUUGUCCUUUUUACAGAUAGCUAUGAUGUCAUAUUUGCUGGGGGCCCAGAAGAAUUACUCAAAAAGUUCCAAGAAACAAACCACAAAGUUAUCUUUUCUGCUGAAGGUUUAAUAUGGCCAGAUAAAAGACUUGCUGAGAAGUACCCUGUUGUGAGAAGUGGAAAACGAUUCCUUAAUUCUGGAGGAUUUAUUGGAUACCUUGAAAAUGUUAACCAAAUUGUACAGCAAUGGAAUUUACAGGAUAAUGAUGAUGAUCAACUUUUUUACACAAAAAUCUACAUUGAUCAACAUCAGAGGGGACGUAUCAACAUCACCUUGGAUCAUAUGUCUAGAAUUUUCCAAAAUCUGAAUGGAGCUAUUGAUGAAGUGGUGUUACAUUUUGAACAAGGCAAAGCUAGAGCACAAAAUUCUCAUUAUGAAACUUUGCCAGUAUUAAUACAUGGAAAUGGACCAACAAAGAUUCAGCUGAACUACUUUGGAAAUUAUAUACCCAAUGUUUGGACACCGGAAACUGGAUGUGGAACUUGUAAUUUAGACACUAUUGAUUUGUCUGCAGUAACGGAUUAUCCAAAGGUGACAAUUGGGAUCUUUAUUGAACAGCCAACUCCAUUCCUACCUGAAUUCUUCAACAAAUUGUCGGCAUUAGAUUAUCCAAAGGAAAAUCUCUUUCUGUUCAUUCACAAUAAUGAAGUUUAUCAUGAAAAGCACAUUCACAAGUUUUGGGAAACUGCCAAAAGUCUCUUUGGAAAUCUAAAAGUUGUCGGCCCAGAAGAAACAAUCACUCAAGCAGAAGCAAGAAACAUGGGAAUGGACAUUUGUCGUCAGAAUAAGGAAUGUGAUUAUUACUUUAGCAUAGAUGCUGAUGUUGGACUGACAAACCCAAAAACUUUAAAACUGCUCAUCGAACAAAACAGAAAAAUAAUUGCUCCCCUAGUAACCCGCCAUGGGAAAUUAUGGUCUAACUUUUGGGGUGCUCUAAGUCCUGAUGGAUAUUAUGCAAGAUCUGAGGAUUAUGUGGAUAUUGUGCAAGGAAACAGAGUAGGUGUUUGGAACAUCCCAUAUAUGGCCAAUGUAUAUUUAAUUAAUGGACAAACUCUUCGUUCUGAGUUGAAGGAGAGAAAUCGUUUUGUUCUGGACAGGCUAGAUCCUGACAUGGCCCUAUGCCGAAAUGCAAGGGAGAUGAGUUUACAAAGAGAAAGAGACUCUCCUACUCCGGAAACAUUCCAUAUGUUCAGACCCCCAAAGGGUGUCUUCAUGUAUAUUACGAACAGACAUGAAUUUGGACGCCUUCUUUCAACAGCCAAUUACAAUACUACACAUUAUAACAAUGACUUAUGGCAAAUCUUUGAAAACCCUGUGGACUGGAAAGAAAAGUAUAUAAAUGCCAACUAUUCAAAGAUCUUUACUGAAAAUUUUGUUGAACAGCCCUGCCCAGAUGUGUUUUGGUUCCCAGUGUUUUCAGAAAAGGCCUGUGAUGAAAUUGUAGAAGAAAUGGAGCAUUUUGGGCACUGGUCUGGUGGAAGACAUAAUGAUAAACGGCUAUCUGGGGGAUAUGAAAAUGUGCCAACUGAUGAUAUACACAUGUCGCAGGUUGGGAUGGAUAAUGAGUGGCUCCAUUUCAUUAGAGAAUAUAUUGCUCCAAUCACAUUAAAAGUCUUUGCUGGCUACUACACAAAAGGUCAUGCUUUGCUGAAUUUUGUGGUAAAAUACACUCCUGAACGACAGUCCUACCUGAGACUUCAUCAUGAUGCUUCAACUUUCACCAUCAAUAUAGCACUCAACAAAAAAGAUGUAGAUUUUCAGGGAGGCGGAUGUAAGUUUGCCAGAUACAACUGCUCUAUUGAAUCACCAAGAAAAGGCUGGAGCUUCAUGCACCCAGGACGACUUACCCAUUUACAUGAAGGACUUCCUGUUACCAAUGGGACAAGAUACAUUGCAGUAUCAUUUAUUGAUCCAUAAAGAUAUGUAUGGCGUGCUCCUAACUCCCAUCAACAAGUUCAACUUUUUAUGACAAAGCUUUAUUUAUAGAAAUGUUUAAAAUCUGAAUAUUUGGUACUGAUUUAGAAAAAAAAAUAGCCUAAGAAUAAAUAAAAACCAUAAUGUCACAAACAUUGAGAAAAUCACUGACACAAAAUGAUCCUUCCCCUUUUUUCAUGUUUUUAAUGUUCUUGUACUAUAAAUUUAUAUUGAUAAAUAAAAGUCCUUUCCCAAUUACCAAAAAGGAACUAGUUCUUCUGAAGAACAAAACAAAA